AUGGUCAAACCAUUAACCUUCAAAGGCGACAAGCCCAAAAAGCGCAAGCACCGCGAAAUCGCCGCCACAGAAUCCAAAUUCGGUGCCGACUCAGGCACAACCGCAAGGACCCCCGCCGAGGAAUCGCAGCACCUCGAAGACAGCGCCGAAGACCAGAGCUGGGUGUCAGCUGACACGCCGUCAGACAUCGCAGGACCCGUAGUGCUCGUCCUGCCAUCCGAUCCGCCAACGUGUAUCGCAAGCGAUGCGAACGGGAAGGUGUUUGCCAGCGAGCUGGAGAAUCUGAUAGAGGGCGAUGCGGCGACGGCGGAGCCGCAUGAUGUGCGGCAGGUGUGGGUUGCGACGAGGGUGGCUGGGACGGAGUCGUUGAGCUUUAAGGGGCAUCAUGGAAAGUAUGCAUUCCUGUCUACGACGAUUCCCCAAAGAACGAGGGAACGGAUGCUGACAAAUUGUUGGGACAGAUACCUAAGCUGCGAUACGUACGGGAUCCUGAGUGCGUCCGCGUCCGCCAUCUCGCACUACGAAUCGUUCCUUGCGCUCCCCUCGACCGAUAUCCCUGGUACGUUUGCGCUGCAGACGGGCGGAGGCGACAAGGAGGCGUUUGUGUGUGUGCGGGAGGCGUCGUCGAGCAGCAAGGCGAGCGGGCGCGUGAUCGAGGUGCGCGGCGACGCGAGUAGUCUUGGUUUUGAGACGACGCUGCGGGUUCGCAUGCAGGCGCGAUUCAAGCCGCGUAUCAAAGCGAACAAGGAGACCAAGGCGAGGGAGAAGAUUAGUCGGAAGGAGUUGGAGGGUAUUGUGGGGAGACGGCUGGAGGAGCAUGAGGUGAAGAGGUUGAAGAGGGCGAGGAGGGAAGGAACUUUCCAUGAAGAGGUGCUCGAUGUGAGGGUUAAGGGGAAGCAUGACAAGUUUGCUUGGUAG